CUUCUCAGUAUUAAAUUUUGAAGAGGGUGGAUGUGUACAUACACACGCUCACUUUUGGUACUGAAUGGUUCAGUAGUUAUAAAACUGCUGGUUGUAUAAAGUGCUGAGGAUAACACAGAUGCUCUACAGUCAUGGAUAACUACGAUAGCAGAGAAAUACUGUUUGUUUAUGGGGGAUUUUGUCAUAUCUAUAGCUAUGACUCACUACCACAUCAGAGGUGAAAGUGAGAGUCUAUUAUAGCUUUAGGUACUGUGGUUAAAAUCUAUAUAUCCUCCCUCUCCUGGUACAGAUCGCAGGUAAAAGCCCUCUCCAGUGCUGGGAAGCAGGUUUGAGGUUGUUUCUAAAGAAGCCCUGAGCUCAGUUCCAGCCUUUCCUCCUGUAGGGCUGCCUCGUCCAGCUGCUCCAAUUCUUAAGCCUAGUUAACAGCGCAGCAGCUCUCACCGUUGCACCAGGGAUGCAUGCAGCUGAGCUGCGGCUGGGGUCCGAUUAUCGUUCCGUGGGUGCAGGGCUCCCGCCAGGGAUGGGUCCAGACACGCUGCACCGGCUGGGCUGAGCCCAGGGCUGGCUGCCGUGCUACCGCGGGAGGCCGGGGUUUCCUCCUGCCCUGAACGCCAGGGGUGCGUGGGGCCCCCGGCACCGGGGGGGCCUCUACCGGGAGCGCCGUGCGGAGCAGCCCGGCACCGCAGCUGAGAGGCGGCUGGGGCGAGGCGUGGGUUUUCGGUGACCCGGUAGCGCUCCCCUCGCCACGCCCGCUCCCUGCCGGCCGGACAGUCAGCCAGCGAGCUGGAGGCCGGGAUCUCCGAGCCUCCGGGGCCUGGCAGCGAGCGCCUGCCGAGAGCGAGCAGCGCCGCGGGGGCUCUCUCGGCCGCAGCCGGUGGGCGAGGCAAUGGCAGCAGGCAACGCCGGGCACUGGGGCCGCCUGGAGUCCGCCCUGCGCAGCAGCCUCCGCCUCCUCCGGGACAGGUGGGCCCGGGGGCCGAGUCAACGCGGCGGGCAGGUGGCGGCCGCGGCCACAGAGCGGUCGAGCAGCGGCAUCGAGGAGGCCGGCGAAGAGCUUUGCGCCCUGCAGACGCUGCCAAUUGAUGUGCAGUUAUACAUUAUGUCAUUUCUCUCACCCCAAGACCUGUGCCAUUUGGGAAGCACAAAUCACUACUGGAGUUUAACUGCACGGGAUCCAUUGUUAUGGCGAUAUUUUCUCUUGCGGGAUCUCCCUUCUUGGUCUUCUGUUGACUGGAAAUCACUUCCAGAUGUGGAAAUCUUUAAUAAAUCAUUUUCUGAGCUAAAUGAUAAUGCAUUGUACGACUACAUGACAAUAUACAAAAAGAGCUGUCCUCCGAGUAGACAUUUGAAAUCAAGCCGUCCCACAUAUGGAGCUGUGACUACCUUCCUUGUACAAUCACUGGUCACGCAAGCAGAACCUCGCUUUGCCCUUUUUGGACCAGGUUUAGAAGAAUUGGAUGAAUCUUUGGUGCGAAGAAUGAUGACUUGCCCAGAAAUUUUGCCUGUAGCUGGCUUACCUCAAAGACAAAUCCAUGGGAUUGGAUCAGGAGUCAGUUUUAAAUUUAAUAACCAUCGAAAUUUCAAUAUUUUGACAUUGUAUUCAACUACCAGCAUGGAAAGGAAGAGAGCAAGAACAGAGCAAACUGUUACAGUCAAUAAGAUGUUUUAUCAAGAAAACAGCAUAGGUGGGAAUCAACAGGCAGUACACUACAAUGUAAUUGCUCAAGUUAAACAGGUGUGCGAAGUAGUUGAUGGAUUCAUCUAUGUUGCUAAUGCGGAAGCUCAUAAAAAACAUGACCGUCAAGAUGAAUUUGCUCGUAUUUUGGCAAUGAUAGAUCCAACUCUUGGGCCUCCAAACAGACCUGUACUGAUUUUGUCCUGCACCUCUGAAGUUGGCAUUAAAAGAAUCCCUUGUGUUUACAUGGCACAUCAACUGCAAUUAAAUCUGCUAAAGCAACCAUGGAUGGUACAAGACACUGUGGCUGCUACUUUAAGUGGACUGUUAAAUGGAAUUGAGUGGAUACUGGGAGAAGUUGAAUGUAAAAAUGCACCAUGAUCAAACUUGCUUAGUCAUACUGUAUGGACUUUGCCAUUUGCAAAGAGUAUGAAGAGAACAUUUCGCCCUGAUGUUGUACUGAUUGAUAAGAGAUUUAAAAGGCAGCCCUCUGUGAUUGCAAAUAUUUUAAUAAUCAACAUUCUUCCAAAUGUAGACUUGAAUUAUAACUGAAAGCAAGUUUGACUGGAUAUCAACAUUUGACAAAGAAAUGGGUUUGAUAUAUUUUUUUUUAAUUUGGGGUCCUUAUAAUGCUUUUCAUUCUCAGCAUAUUCUAUAAUAUAAAACAUUCUGCAAACCUUUAUCCCCGAUUAGCUUAAUGCCAGAACAACCCUCUCACUUAGGUGUACAUUAUACCAGAUUUAUGAAGCAUACUACAUAGAGAUUCCUGAUGACAUAGGCAGCCAUCUCCUAUAUAGUGUAUUCCUUAAAUGGCCAACAAGAGAAGAGACAUGCCUUGUACCACAAUGUGCGCUUAAGUGAUCAUCUACUGUGCCAGGUCUCCCGAAAGGUGCACAUCGUAUUUGAUAUUUGUUCCAAACACUGAUCCCAGACCAGCUCCUGAAAAGGAAAAAAGAAUUCUCUCCAGAACCAUUGUUUAGGGAAAAGAGGUAAACAUAAAGGGGAAUUGUUAGCUUAGACCAAAAUUUUUAAAAAUGAACAUUUGAUUUUUUUCCUAUGUGUUCUUCAUGACAUUAAUAAAGCUCAGCUGUGUCUGCUUUCUGCUGCAGUAAUAUUAACUUGAAUUUCACAUCCAUCUGUCACCAUGGGAACAAAUGUCCUAUUCCUUCAUUAGAACAUCCUGACAUUAUCUACUAGGCUUUCAACUGGCAAACCUUCAUACAAAUACUUUUGGCAGCUAGCAAAUAUAUGAAAUGUAAAUGUCUUCGUUCUGCAUCUUCUGUGGAGCUGAAAUAUUUUUAUAAAAUGGAAAAAAUAUUCCUAGAAUUGGAAUUAGAGUUUACAUAUUGCAGUGUUCUAGGGAACAAAAUGGGCUCUUUCUCCUACUUUAAGCUAGUAGUUCCCAUUCUCUCUUUGUUGCUUUCCAAUGAAUUAUUGGAUGGAUACCUACAUACUUUUCCUUGGCUUUUGUUGGUUCUCUGAGUAUUUAUUUUUUAAUCUUCUUGGUUUUUUUACUCUCUAUUUUUUUCUCUCACUUAUAUCAGUAAAACCUUCCUACUAACCAGAAAAGUACAUGCAGCUCUGAGGAUGGUGGCAUAGGCCAUACAUAGGUCAAAGGGCAGCUCUGGGAAGCUAGGCCUGAUGUGUUUUCAUGGAACUAAGGGCUUUGGGAGCAAAGAGAAACUUGAGCCUGCUGCCCUGUAUGUGUCAGUAGCUCCCACAGCUGGCUGCAAGAGGGGCUACUAUGGGAUCAGAGCAGGAAGACAGGCAGUUUUCGUGGAGCCAGUCAUGUCUACUUUACCUCUACCAUGGCACUUGGAUACUACAGUGGUGAGGGUCAUACAAGUACCUACUGUGGUGGGAGUCCAUGGUGUUCAUUAUAGAACAAUGUUCUAAUUCUGUAUUCAUAGGCGUAACAUAGACACCUUGUCUACCUCUGACAUAGACAUAUUUGGGGUGAAAGUUCUAUCAAUAGUAUAAAAUUAAGCUAGUGCCACUUAGUUUUACUAUUAAGAUCUCUGUGAGAGAUGACGGCACUCAACAUUUGGGAGGCAGGGGUCUUCAAGCAGAACUGUCCAGAGUGAGGCCAAUGAAGAGAAAAUACAAACAUGUUUAGAUGCCUGAGCAUGCACAGCAAGUGUUCCAGAAUAACUUCUUCAUUCCUCCUAUCAAAAUACAGGGGACUUUACAAGUGGCCCUUACUCCCAUUAUCACUGAAUGGAAGGUUGAAUUGGUCUCAUUCCUGCAAAAUAUCUAUUUCAAAACAUUCUAUUUGCAAAGUUCCUUUUUAAAAAAACUUUCAAGUGAUUGAUAUUUAGGCCAGAGGUAGAAAUAAAGGAAAUUCAAAAACAUUUCCUAUUUCUAUUGCUUCAGGUAGCCAAGGCCUCCUAACUUUUGUUGUAUCUGUGUUCAUAAAGGACAAUUUGGAGUUCUAAGAUUAACCCUGGGAGUUCCACUAUGCCUAUUCUAGCUUUUAUUUUUUUAAUUCUGUGUGUGUGUAUAUAUAUAGUUCUCUUGUAAGAUACUCUACAGAACAGAAGAGAUAAAACCCAUGUAUAAUGCAAUCAAUAUUUUGAAUAAAUACCUUAAAUACAUAUGGAUCGCCAUACUUUGUAAUGUGGCUUCACGUGAACUGCUGGUUGUAAAAUAAUUAAAAAAUGCUACUAUAGUCUAAUAGCCACUCUGCUCUGUAGCAGGAGAAUGCAACUGUCUCUGGUACCACUGCAGCUCCUACCAUUUCAUACAUUGGGAAGGAGGAUUAAUUUAUGCAAUGAUCACUAUUGUAAUAGCACUCUCUUUUCUCCCCUCAAAAAUGUGUAAUAAAUUGUUUUUUAAAGGUG